AAAGAAGAAGACCAGAAUGUCGAAUAUAGUGUCAGUCCAACAUUUAUAGGCCUAACCCACCAAGAACCUCACAACCACACAGCAACACAAAUCCAUCGAGCUUUGCUAAUGACUCAGCAGUCCGAGGGUGAUGCCCUUUCGAAUGAGCACCGCGAAUUCCUCCUCCAGCGCCAUGGCACCGUGGAUCUUGACCCGAUCCCAGCCAUGGACGACGCCGAUCCGCUAAAUUGGCCCAAACGAAAGAAACUAGUCAACCUGAUGCUUGUUUCCUUCCACGCCAUGAUGGCCACCUUCACGGCAGCCGCAAUCCAGUCAGCAUUCGUCGAUAUCGCCCUCGACUUGGGAAUUACCGUCCAGAAGGCAACCUACCUGACGUCGCUUGUCAUCGCCGUCCUAGGGGGAGCCCCUCUGUUCUGGCGCCCCAUCUCGCACGUCUAUGGACGGCGGCCCGUUUUCUUGCUCUCGCUGAUCUGCAGCCUCGUCUGCAACAUCGGCUGCGCGGCGAGCCAUUCAUACGCUACCGCCUGUCUCUGCCGAGCCCUUACUGCGUUCUUUAUCUCCCCGGCAGCCUCGAUCGGAAGCGGCGUUGUCUCGGAAACCUUCUUCAAGAAAGAGCGGGCGCGGUAUAUGGGCAUUUGGGCAACCAUGGUCACCCUCGGCGUCCCAGUUGCACCAUUCAUCUUCGGCUUUGUUGCCUUGAGGGUCGGCUACCGAUGGAUCUAUUGGACCCUUGCUAUUACGAACGGGGUGCAAUUCGUGCUCUACUUCUUCCUCGGACCCGAGUCGCGCUACGUGCCCGGUGGACAACGCAACGACAGCAACAAGACAUCUUUUCUAUCACGAUUGUUGUAUUUCCGCCGAAUCGAUCCGACUCCAUUGAAGCUCGUGGACUUCAUCCAGCCCCUUUUCUUCGUCACACGCCCCUGCGCCGCAGUCCCCGCGGCAGCGUACUCGAUGAUUUUCCUAUGGGGCAGCGUAAUGAUCGCCAUCGAGAUCCCGCAGCUCUUCCCCGAGAAGUUCGGCUUCAACACCCAACAGGUCGGACUGCAGAACAUCGGGCUGAUCAUCGGCACCGUCCUGGGAGAGCAGGUCGGCGGCCGCCUCUCCGACAAGUGGAUGUGGCAGCGGCGCCGGCUGGGAAAGUCUCCGGAGCCCGAGUACCGCCUCUGGCUCAGCUACGUCGGGCACGCCCUGACCAUAUGCGGCGUGGUGGUCUUCCUGGUCCAGACGGAGAGGGCUGGCGAGCACUGGAACGUCACGCCGAUCGUCGGGGCGGCGAUCGCGGCUGCGGGGAAUCAGAUUGUGACUACGGUCAUGAUCACCUAUGCCGUGGACUGCUAUCCUGCGGAAUCGGCGGGAGUUGGGGUGUUCAUCACCUUUGUCCGCCAGAUAUGGGGCUUUAUCGGACCGUUUUGGUUCCCGCAGAUGCUGGAGCACGUAGGUUUGGCUCGGAGCGCGGGUAUCCCGACGGGGAUCCUGGUAGGAACCGCUGUUAUACCUACUAUGCUCCUGCAGUGGAGGGGACGCAGGUGGCGAACAUAG